AUGGACUCUGAAAAACAAACUGAGGUCUCAGAAUUCCUCCUUCUGGGACUCACAGAAAAGCCAGAGCUUCAUACUCUCCUCUUUGGGCUGUUCCUCUCUGUGUACCUGGUCACCAUCUUGGGGAACCUGCUCAUCGUCCUGGCCAUCAUCACAGACUCCCGCCUCCACACGCCCAUGUACUUCUUCCUCUCCAAACUGUCCCUCGUCGAUACCUUCUUCUCUUCCACCACCGUCCCCAAGAUGUUGGUGAACCUUUGGACCCAGAACCAGGUCAUCUCCUUUGUGGGCUGCCUUGCUCAGAUAUACACCUUCCACCUGUUAGGGACCAUGGACAGCUCCCUCCUGGCUGUGAUGGCCAUUGAUCAGUUUGUGGCCAUUGUCUAUCCUCUACGCCACUCAGUCAUCAUAAGCCCUUGUGUCUGUGGGUUGCUGGGGGGGGGGGCAUGGCUGAUCAGCAAUCUCCGGUCACUCGUGCACACCUGCCUCAUGGCUCAACUGACCUUCUGUGCUGGCUCCAAAAUCCCCCACUUCUUCUGUGAUCUUCUGUGAUCUGCGUUGAAGCUCUCCUGCUCUGACACGCACACCAGCGAACUGGUGAUUUUUGCUUUUGGCAUCAUCAUGGGCAUCAGCCCCCUCUUGUGCAUCCUCCUCUCUUACACUUGCAUUUUCUGGGCAGUCUUCAAGAUCCCUUCUGCUCAGGGCAAAUGGAAAACCUUCUCCACUUGUGGUUCACACCUCUCUGUGGUAUCACUGUUCUAUGGCACCAUCUUUGCUGUGUACUUGCAGCCCACAUCUCCUGACUCCUCCCAGAAGGACAAGGCAGCUGCCCUGAUGUGUGGGGUGGUCAUCCCCAUGCUGAACCCCUUUAUACACAGCCUAAGGAACAAGGACAUGAAGGCAGCCCUGAAGAAGCUCAUCAGCAAAGCAGUCUCCUCUAGUCCGAGAAUAGAACAGUUGUUGGGUACUUAGCAUGUUCCAGAACCACUGUUGGGUGGUGGGAACACAGAGAUAUGUCCCAUCCGCCCUCAAGGCAUUCAGAAUUGAGUGGGGGAUAGAGAUAUGUAA